CUCCGUAUUCAUAUUUUUAUACAAUGGUUUAAAAUUUUUUGAUCCCUUGUGUUUAAUGAUGUGAAUAAGUGGUUUUUGCUAAAGUCAGCCCAGCUGGUAAGGACUUCAGGCAUGCUCUGGUAACUUCUAGCUGAUUCUGUAGUAAGAAAUUUGAAGUGAACUGGGUCAUGCAACGUAUUUCUGCAGCUCCAGAAUGUGUUUGCUGAACUUUCUGCAUUUCUCUACGCAAAUAAAUUAGGACAAAAGCAUGCGAGAAGCCAACCACAAUUCUGUACCACAGUUAUAUCAAAUCUGCUUAAAGUAGAAGGAUAAAUGAUUAUCAAGUUUCAAACGAAAUGGAUGUGGUGCCUUGUCUUGCUGCAUUCGCGAAAAAUAUUUAUGGUAAUAUAGUGGCACAAAGUCUGAAUGAUUUGAAGAAUACAUUCUUUUCUCCCUUCAACAUUUAUACUGCCCUUGGAAUGGUUCUUUGUGGAGGUGAAAACAACACAAAAGCUGAACUAAUGAAGGCAAUGCAAUUACCUGAAUCUUUAAAACAUAGCAAAAUUCAUAAUGGGAUUCGUAAAAUGUUGGCUAACUGUUCAAAAGCUGAUCAAGGUGUCGAGAUAAUUCUUGGGAAUAGAAUUUUCACAACACCUAGUGCAAAUGUCAGAAAUGAGUUCAAAGAAAACGUAGAAAAGUACUACAAAGCUGAAACGGAAUGCGUACUGUUUGAGAAAGAUAUAGAAAAUGCUCGAACGCUGAUAAAUCAGUGGGUGAGCAAACAAACCAAAGGAAAGGUUCAAGAACUUCUUUCACCUGGUUCUCUUACCGAAAAUACAUCUGUUGUAGUGGUUGCAACUACAUACUUCAAAGGUGCGUGGAAACUAGCUUUUCCUGAAAUCAACACGCAUGACAGUGAAUUUCACAAACUAGAUGGAUCAAAAAUGGAAGUGAAAUUAAUGUUCAAGGAAUCGUUUUUCGAUAUGGUCGAGUUGCCUCACUUAAAAUCUCGUGCUAUCAAAAUACCAUUUAAAGAUCCCAUGUUCACACUGCUGGUUGUCCUUCCGGAUGCAAAUGAUGGACUUUUGAGUCUGAUAAAGUCGUUAUAUGCAGAUAAUGUUGUUUCUACCUAG